GAGCAGUCAACCUGGGAGACAGGGUCACUCAGACCAACGCCCGAUGGUUUCCCGGAUGACGCCAUAGCUAUUGUUGGUGUCGGCUUCCGACUACCCGGCGCAAACUCUCUGGACGAAUUGUGGGAGAUCAUCUCAAAGGGGGAAAGCCGGUUGGAGAAACUCCGCCCCGAGAGGUGUGAUCCAAAGCAGACAUACCGCGCCUUGCAAAGCCCAGAGUGGAUAGCCAAGCGUGAGUUCUACGGCAACUUUCUCGACGACGCAGCAGCAUUCGACCAUGCCUUCUUCGGCAUCAGCCCGCGCGAGGCAGCUGAUAUGGACCCCCAGCAGCGACUUCUGCUCGAGACGGCCUUCGAAGCCAUGGACUCGAGCGGAUAUCUGCGCAACCACAGCCGGGCCCGUGGGGAUCCCGUCGGCUGCUUUAUUGGAGCCAGCUACACCGAGUACCUGGAGAACACGAGCGCCCGCACGCCGUCGGCCUUUACGGCCACGAGCACAAUCCGGGCGUUCCUGUCGGGCAAGAUCAGCUACCAUUUUGGCUGGACGGGGCCCUCCGAGGUCAUCGACACGGCUUGCUCCGCCUCGCUGGUGGCGGUGCAUCGGGCGGUCCGCGCACUGCAGGCCGGCGAGUGCACCAUGGCGCUGGCUGGGGGCGUCAACAUCAUCACGGGCGUGCACAACUACUUCGACUUGGCUCGAGCGAACUUUCUGAGCCCGACGGGCCAGUGCAAGCCGUUCGACGACGCCGCCGACGGGUAUUGCCGCGCCGAUGGUGUGUGUCUGGUAGCCUUGAAGCCGCUGCGCCAGGCUGUCCUUGACCGUGAUAACAUCAUGGGUGUCAUACCUGCCGUGGCCACGAACCAGGGCGGCGUGCACGCGCCGGGCAUCACGGUGCCGGACGGGAGGGCUCAGAAAGAGCUUUACCGAAAGCUACUCAAUCAGUCGGGCUGGGAACCAGAAGACAUUUCGUACAUCGAGGCCCACGGGACGGGGACGCGUGUUGGUGAUCCCAUCGAGAUGUCGAGUAUCCGCCAGGUCUUUGGCGGGCCCCAGCGACAAAGUCCUGUCUAUGUCGGCUCACUCAAGGCCAACAUUGGACACAGCGAGACGGCAGCAGGCGCGGCAGGUCUACUGAAAGUCCUCGCCAUGAUUCGGCAUGGGGGUAUUCCGCCACUAGGUGGGUUCCGUAAGCUCAACCGCAACAUAACGUCGCUUGAGCCGGACAAGGUUGUAAUCCCCACGGAAACAGUCGAGUGGAGUCCUCCAGGGAGAAGAGUGGCAUGCAUCAGCAGCUAUGGUGCGUCUGGGAGCAACUCAGCCAUCUUCUGUGCCGAAUGGUGUCAAGACGACGCCAGCGACUCGACAACACCCAACCCGGCCAGGUUGCUCGCAUCUGGGACCCGGCAUCCAAUCUUUCUCAGCGGCGCCACCGCCACAAGCGUGUCAAGACAAGCCCAAGCCCUGGCCAAAUAUCUCACGCAACCAGUGGACGACAUAUCACUGGGCGACGUGGCCUACACGCUCAGUCAACGCCGCAAGCACCACCGCUUUCGCUGGAAGACAGUCACCGACGAUAUGGCAAGCCUCAUUGAGCAGCUGCGAAGCUUGGAUGCACGAGCAAUCGUGUCACAUUCCAAGACGAAAAAGAAGAAGGUCGUCCUCGCCUUCUCUGGUCAAAGCGGCACUACCAUUAGCCUCGACCCCGCAACUCUGCGCGACAACCCUCGCCUCACCCACCAUCUCCAUGUCUGCAACCGCAUCCUACUCUCCCUCGGUGGUCCGGACAUCAUGUCGGGAGCUCUGCACCAAUCCGAGCCCAUCUCCGACCCGAGCAUCCUCCAGUGUGGCCUUGUGGCGGUGCAGUACGCCUGCGCGCGCUGCUGGAUCGAGGGCGGGCUCGACGUGGCGGCCAUCGUGGGCCACAGCCUGGGCGAGCUGGCGGCACUCGCCGUCUCGGGGGUGUGGUCCCUCGAGGACAUGCUCAAGGUUGUUUACCUGCGCGCGGAACUCAUCAAGGGCCGAUGGGGCCCGGAGGGAGGAGCAAUGGUGGCCGUGCAUGCGCCGCUAGACAGGGUUUUGGCCAUGAUUGGCGACGUCGCGGAUGGCGGUGGGCUAGAGGUGGCAUGCCAUAACAGCGUCAACAGCCACGUUGUAGUGGGCUCGCGGGCGGACAUCCAAGCCGCCAUCAAGGUGCUGGAGGAGGACGAUCGCUAUAGUGGUAUUCGAUUCCACCGUGUUGAUGUGACGCACGGCUUUCACUCGAAAUUCACCGAUUCACUCCUCGAAGGAUUGUCCCAUGUCGAGAAGGAAAUUACAUUCCGACCGCCUUUAAUCCCUCUGGAGACGAGCACCAAAGACCCGGUCGACUUUGGGAGUCAGGUAGCUGCUGAGGGGUACUUGGUGAACCAUGCCAGGAAAGCAGUAUACUUUUCUGAUGCAGUCCACCGCCUAGAGGCUCGGCUCGGCCCUUGCAUUUGGGUGGAGGCAGGAAUCGGUACGCCCAUCGUUCCCAUGGCCAGGAGAGCCGCUCCAAACCCGGCAUUGCAUACUUUUGUGGCGGUGACGGCGCCCGAGGCGGCUGCUGCUGAGAUAUGGCGUGAGGGUCUCCCAAGUACGAGCUGGACGUUCCUAACGCCGGUAGAAAGCGGUUUGCGUCACGUCUGGCUUCCGUCUUACAGUUUUGAGAGCUCCAAGCACUGGCUGCAGUAUGCCGACCGCGCAGUGGAAGAGCACAACAAAAAGACGCAUAACAACACCCUCAACCAAGGCAGCGACACGGGCAUUGGUCCCGACGACACCUUCAAGGUCCCGGCACUGAUCACGUACGAGGGCAAAAGCUGUGGUGCAGUGUCGGACACACACCACUUCACCUUGGACACCACUACUGAGCGCUACGACAGAAUCGUGCGGGGCCAUUCUGUACGUGGACUACCAUUAUGUCCCGCCUCUGUGUAUACGGAAGCCGCCGUCAUGGCGCUGGAGCAGCUUGGAAAGUCUACCCGAGGCAAGAUGUUGACAAUUCGGAACACCUUUUUCAGCCGACCGCUCGGCUGUGACCACGAACUGGCAGUGCAACUUAGUUUGACUUGGGCUCGCGAUCCCACAGCGGAUGCAUCCGGGACUUCCUUUCACUUUGCUAUGAAGUCUGGCGCCUCCUGUACGCACUCAGAAGGCGACAUCUCCAUAGCAAGUGGCCCGUUCAGCGGCAGAGACUACCAGCCAAGCGGACAGGCUCUGAAGAGCAAGAUGGAACGACUGGAGAAUGACAAGUACGCCGAAUCAUUCAAGAGAGCAACAGCCUAUCAGCUGUUUUCCCGUGUCGUCGAGUACACAGAUCUGAUGAGGGGCAUUCGCGACAUCAUCCUGGGCCCAAGAGAGGCAGUAGCAUCCAUAAGAACACCCAAGUCAAGCUUCUCCGCGUCAGAGAGCUCAGUCAUGGAUUUUUACGAUGCCAUCACCAUCGACGCUUUCAUCCAGGUUCUCGGCCUGUUGGUCAAUCACAGCACCAUCUGUGAGACUGCAGCGAUGGGGAGUUGUGACGAUAACAUCUAUGUCGCUUCCAGCAUCGGCAGCAUGGAGCUAGCGCCCGUGGACUUUGGCAGCGAUUAUCACGACUGGAAGGCGUAUGCGACGUACACUGUUGUGGAUUCCAAGACUACGAGCGGCGAUGUUUUCGUCUUGUCGGAAGCGGGUGAGGUGGUCUUUUCAGCGACGGACAUUCGCUUUGUAAAAGUGAAAGCCGCCACAAUAAAACAACUUCUCGAGAGCGCGAACCCAUCGAUGGUUACAGCCAAGACACUGCCUUGUUUGACCAAGGAAAGCCAAGUCGGAAUCCAGGGCAAACAAGACCAAGGUUUCGUUGCCAUUUUAAAAGCAGGCUUGGACGAGAGCUUAAAAAACACAGAGGAUCUUGCUUCGCAGCUCCUAUCUCUCGUCUCAGCCUACACCGGCGUGGCAGUUGAAGACAUGGAGACUGCCGAGACGCUGGGGAGCAUGGGCUUGGACUCUCUGGCGUCGAUCGAGCUGGCGGAUGAGUUGCAGACCAAACUAGGCCUACAGCUGGACGGGGCCGGCGACCUCAGCUCCCGCACUCUGCAGUUUCUAGUGGACCAGCUGUCCGGCUCUGGUAGCAGCAGCAGCGGCACUUCAACACCGUCGCAUCUGGGAUCCGACAGCACUCGGCUGUCGACGGCUUCCCCCUGUAGCGACGACUGGAACCCGCACGAAGUCCACGAGACGGCGAAGAUGACGACGACGUGGGCGAGACCAAAACAGGCUCUCGAUUCGCGCUUUGCGGUUGAGCAAUACGUCUACAAGCGGGUUGACGGGCUCGAGAUUCUCGCCGACGUCUACGUGCCAACUAAGACGCCCACCAGUUCCAUGUGUGUAGCUAUCAUGAUCCACGGUGGCGGGUUCCUCACCCUCUCGCGCAAAGCGGUCAGGACACGGCAGACCAAACACCUGCUGGCCCACGGAUUGCUACCCAUUAGUAUAGACCACCGGCUGUGCCCCCAGGUCAACGUCCUUGAUGGAGCCAUGACCGAUGCGCGGGAUGCAUGCCUGUGGGCGCAGAACGUCUUGCCUGAAAUCAUGAAGCCCAAAGGCAUCACUGUUGAUAGGUCGAGGUACGUCGUGGUCGGGUGGUCGACCGGUGGCACCCUAGCCAUGACCACGGCCUGGACGGUCGAGCAGGCUGGUGGUAGUGCGCCUGCGUCAAUACUCGCCUUUUACUGUCCCGUUUCGUACGAUCCACAGGAACCAAUCAACAUGGGCGCCGAAUUCCACCCUCGAACCAUGUCUCUCGGUGAGAUUAUUCGCUUGCUACCGAAAAAGCCCACCACGCAGCACAUUCUAAACAUGGAAAAAGACACAACAAAGCUGGGCUGGCUACAACCUGGCGACCCGCGCUCCGAGCUCGUUCUCGCGCUGAUCAAGGAAGACCGCGGCAUGGCGCUCCUAUUCAACGACGACCCGCUCGCCGGCGGCGGCCAGGGCUCAGGACCCGACACCCUACCGUACCCCGACGAGGCGCGCGCGGCAGCCUUCAGCCCGCUGGCGCAGCUGCGCCGUGGCCGCUACCGCACCCCGACGUGCGUGGUCUUUGGCGACCGGGACGAGGUUGCGCCGCACGCCAAGGCGGAGGAGUUUGUCGCCGCCGCGAGGGAGGAGGGGGUGGAUGCGUGCUUUGUGUCGGUCGGCGGGGCGCGGCACAUCUUUGACCUUGAUCUCGCCCCUGGCUGCGAGGGUUGGGAGAGGUACAUUGAGCCUGCAUAUGAGUUUGUCCUGCGCGGUUUGGAGGAGGCAAGCGGUGGAUUCUUGGGAUGUUAG